UCGUGUAUUGUGGUCCGUUUGUAAUUGAGGAAUUCGCAUGUACGCGUGGGCUUAUCAAAUUGAUAAUACUUGAGUCGCAACAUUUCUAAUAAUUUAAACUGGAGAUAAAAUAGUUUAAUUCUGGUGUUGGUUGUAAAAAGUGGCAGUGUUUUAUUUGUUUUAAAAAUGUUGAUGGGUUGGUAAAUUUUGCAAGAAUAAAAUUUCCGCGAUUGGGUGACGUCAGAGUAGGUUCGUCCCGGCGAGUGAGAGGGACGUACGGGCGCGCUGGUGCGCGAGUGGGACGGGGGAUGUGACGUGUCAGGCUGCCAGUUGACGUUUAAAUUCCGAACGGCACUGUAGCCACUGCAAGCGCCGGCUGAGGCAAUAUGGGGCUUAUUUCGUGUGUGAAGUGUCGAAUGGGAUCGUUAUUGUAAAUAUUGUAAAUGUUUGAUGGUGGUGACCGGUGCGAGAGCCCGCCAGUACCAUGGGAAAGCUACUGUCGAAGAUCUUCGGCAACAAGGAGAUGAGGAUACUGAUGCUCGGUCUGGACGCGGCUGGCAAGACCACCAUCCUGUACAAGCUGAAGCUGGGGCAGUCCGUGACGACGAUCCCCACCGUGGGCUUCAACGUGGAGACGGUGACCUAUAAGAACGUGAAGUUCAACGUGUGGGACGUCGGCGGGCAGGACAAGAUCCGGCCCUUGUGGCGCCACUACUACACGGGCACGCAGGGCCUCAUCUUCGUGGUGGACUGCGCCGACCGCGACCGCAUCGACGAGGCGCGCCAGGAGCUGCACCGCAUCAUCAACGACCGCGAGAUGCGCGACGCCAUCAUCCUCAUCUUCGCCAACAAGCAGGACCUGCCCGAGGCCAUGAAGCCGCACGAGAUCCAGGAGAAGCUGGGCCUGACCCGCAUCCGGGACCGCAACUGGUACGUGCAGCCCGCCUGCGCCACCACCGGCGACGGCCUAUACGAGGGCCUCACGUGGCUCACCAGCAACCACAAGUUAUAGCACCCCAGUUCGCAUUCGUUUUAGUACAUGACUGCUGCGGAGCGCUGUUCAUUAGUUUUGAGGAGAUUCUUCAGGAACAGUACAGUGUCCACACACAUUCCAACUGCCUAUGCCCUAGGAUGGUUGUGACUUUCACAAAUCCUCGAAGAAUACCUCAUUUUGUAAAUAAUUCUAUUGUAUUAUGUAUUAACAUUCAUUGUUUUAUAUUGUAAAAUAUUGUUGCUGCAUUUAAACUUAAAGUGAGCGUUGAAAACUUCGUGUUCUUUACAUGUACGCAUACCGUCAUAGCAAUUAUUUAUUGUUUAAUCUGUAAAUGAUGAAUAGGUGACGAUUUUAGGUGAUAUCUGUUCGAUUAGUUCAUUACGUUAAAUACAUGUAUUUAUUAUAUUUUCUAAUUUGGUUCGUUUUUUUCUCUCAACUUAGAUAUUACCAAAAAUAAUACCUUUAUGUAACUCAAGACUGAAUAGAUAUAAGAAAUUCUCAGCCUUCAUGUUUCACCUAAAAUUUAUGUUACGCCAAAUUCUCAUUGAAAUUCAGUGGCUGAUUGUUUAAUGACAAAUGCUUGAUACGUCCAGUAAAAAUAAUGAACAUACAGCAUUGUACACUCACUUAUUUAGUAGAACUUUCAUUGUAUAUAUUUAGGGUAUGAAAAGUAGUGAAAUGAUUUUUUAAGGUGCACAGCUUCGUAGAAGUAACUAGACGAGACGAGAAUAACAGAAUUUAAUUUUUUAUGAAAAACGAUUCAUUGUUUGCAUAAAUUUGUUAAGAAAACUAUUUCUGUUACCAUGUAUUAAGAAAUUAAAAACCAUAUAUUUUUAGAAAACUAUUUUGUUACUAAUUGGCUUCUCGAUUUUAUUAGCUAGUGAUAAUUUGGGAUCAAAUGUGCAUUAAUUUCGCUUGCUUUUGUAAAAUAUGUACUGUCAACCAAUAAACAGAAAAAGCCAACCUCUAGGCCUAA